AUGUAUCUUCCUGCCUCUGAUAUAGUGACUCCCACGCCAGAGCACCGCCCGUAUCUAACUCUCCCCUCUUUCUCAUUUCUAAUAAGACAUACCGGCACUAACCGCCAACUUCUCUUCGAUCUUGGUCUGCGGCCGGACUAUGCUACACUUCCACCUGCUGUCCAGGAUUUCCUCACAAAGUCAGGAUGGAAACUGGCGGUUGAGAAGAAUGUCUCUGAAAUCCUACAGGAGAAUAACGUCUUGCUUGAUGGCAUUGAAGGCAUCAUAUUCAGUCACCACCACUUCGAUCACCUCGGAGAUAUCACUCAAUUUCCUAGGUCAACGAAGAUCAUAGUUGGACAAGGAUUUCAGAAAGCCUAUUUGCCUGGAUGGCCGGAGAUUCCCAACUCCUCUUUGAUAGAAGAAGACUGGAAAGACCGCACCGUCGAUGAACUUGAUUUCAACUCCCACUCAACUAUAGAAAUCGGAGCCUUCAAAGCGAUUGAUUACUUUGGAGAUGGCAGUCUUUACCUCCUCGACGCCCCAGGCCACACAAUAGGCCAUAUUGCCGCCCUGGCGCGUGUCACGUCCGGCGUCAUGUCAGGCUCCGAAGACUCUGGCGAAGAUACUUUCGUUCUUAUGGGGGGCGAUAUCUGCCACUACCCUGGCGUCCUUCGACCGACUGAAUGGCGCCCUCUGUUGCAAGAGUACCACCCGAGUCCCUUGCCUGAGCUCUACGCGCAGGCAUGUCCCGGAUCAAUCUUCCAACGCUUACACCCCCGAAAAAGUUGCAAUGAGCCGUUCUACCAGAUGCCGGAACAGUGCAUGGUUGACAAGCAUGCAGCGCGAGAUUCGAUCCGCAAGCUGGGAAUGCUGGACGCGAGUGGUAAUAUCCUAGUUGUCCUUGCGCACGAUGAGUCAAUCAUUGGAAUUGCAGAUAUGUUCCCAGCAAUAAUCAACAACUGGAAGGAGAAGAACUACGGGGAGAGGGUCCGAUGGAGGUUUCUGAGGGAUUUUCGGGCCUCUCCCGCUCGAUGA